AUGUUCAUGGUCGUAACUGCUCAUUAUAAAUGCUUGUGUGAACUUUUCGAGGUUUCGUUAAAGGAAUUGUCUGAAGAGCUUCAAUACGAUGGAGAUGAAAAAUACGAAAGAAAAAUCAAACUUAUGCUUCGGAAUAUCAUAAUUGAGCACGAAUACAUGAUAACCUUUUUAAACAAUCACGAUGAUUUGUACACGAACAUUUGUUUUUUUGAAGUUUUUGCAACAAAUUUUACUUGCGUCGCUCUCUUGUUCGUCGAAACCUUCAAAUUCUGGUUUCCCGGUUACAGCCUCGGCUUUGCAGCGUUCGUGCAGUUUCUCUUGUUCUGCACUGUGGGAACAAUCAUUGAAAAUGCCAGUGAACGUGCUGUCGAAGCCAUUUAUGAAAUUCCGUGGUAUUGUUUGAAGAAGGAGCGUGCAUUGGAAUUUUUAAUAAUGUUCAAAAAGGCGCAAAAUCCAAAUUUUUUGUCGAUUGGCGGAAUUGCUCCUUUGAGCGUGGCAACUGCUAAAGAAAUUAUCAACAAAAUGUAUUCUUUCUACAUGAUGUUCUUGUCGUUUAUUGACGAAAAAGCAGUUGAAAAACUCUUGGAAGGGGAAAAUUAG